AUGCAAAAGGUUACCGGGAAACUUGACUGCAAUCUGCUCUAUGGGGACACUGACAGUAUAUUAUUUUCUUACCCAAAGAACAUGGAAUGUCCUCUCAAAACCGGCCCCCACCUAGGUGAUUUGGCAAGGGAAUAUGCAGGAUCUGAAAUAAAAGAAUAUGUUGGAGGGGCAUGCAAGGCUUAUGCACUGAGAAUGGAAAACAACAAAAACGCAAAAAUCAGCACUGUUCUAAAAGUACGCGGCAUCACUUUAACAGCAGAUGUCUGUAAAAUCCUCCACUUUGACACUUUCAAAGAGAGCGUACUUACCUAUGCAAAUGGGGGAAACGAAAAUGAGGAAGAUGAUGAUGAGGGAACAAUUAUGAUCGAGAAUCCAAACUUUAUAUGCCGCAGUGUGAAGGAUGGUAUGGUUUAUUCAACUAAAAUGAGAAAAAUUUUCAGACCAAUCAUACAAAAAGGGAUAAUUUCAAACCUCAAAAUUGUAAAUUUCGGACAAAAAUAA